AUGCCGGCAUGGCUUCAGUGGCUGGACGCUCAUAAAGUCGGUGGGGAGAUUGGCAUCCCUAUCGACGACGCAGAAAACACUCGGAUGUUCACCGAGACGGUCGGCUGGGCUGAACACUGCUCUAGUUACCUCGGAUCAGCUUACCUGUGGCUUGGGGCUCAGGACGGUAAUGUAGAAGGCCGCUGGGAGUAUUUCGAGUCCAAUAAAACAAUCACGUACCAAGGACGUUGGCGUGGAGGUGGCCCCAGUGGAGGCACUGUCGAAAAUUGCUUGGUGAUGAUGUAUGGUCCUGGCAUCAACGGACUCUGGUCCGAUUUCGCUUGCUUCGAUUCACAUAAAAAAUGCAUGUUUUGUGAAUUUAAGAACUACACAACAAUGUACCUAAAAGGGCCUCUCACUUGCAAAAAUUCGCCUUUCAACAAUAGAUAUAUCUUACAUAGAAGCGUCAAUGACCGGCCUUCACUCACUGGCUACCGGCACUCCGACAUCAUUUGGAACAACGAAACCCAAGCUUGGAAGCUGGCUUCGAAAAAAACGCUGAGUGCCUCGGCUCUGCACAUUCCUGAUUCGCCCUCUGAUUAUCCUUUCGGGACGAAAACGUGGGAGGUGGAAUCACAAAUUUGUGGAUACAAUCCAGGUGAAAAGGUUCAUUUGACCAUAUCGGCCUGUUUUCCUGGCGAGUACACGUGUGAUGAUGGUUCCUGCAUAGACUUGCGCAAGAAGUGCGACCUCAGAGUGGAUUGUCCCGACAACAGCGACGAGACGAAAUGCACUCUUCUGAGCAUCCCAAUCGGUUACAGCAACUCAAUCCCACCGCCACCUCUUGUUCAGAGUGAGCCGCUGCCAGUAAAUAUAUCUGUGUUCAUAUCUUCAUUCCCUGAAAUCAAGACUGAAGAUCUCUCCUUCGAAACAAACUUCAAGCUGCUGUUAAUGUGGCAAGAUACGCGCCUCAAAUUUUUUGACCUGAAAAACGAACGUUCCCUCAACAUGCUGACGCCCGAGGAGGUACAGAAAAUUUGGUUCCCCGAAAUUUUCUUCUACAACGAUAACGGAAAUCUAUAUUCCAAUCUGGAGAAAGGAUCUCGAGUUGAGUUAAUCGCUCGAGGAACAGCUGUCCAAGGAGUAUCAGACAACUCGGACGAAGUGACCAUAUUCAGUGAAGGUGCUGUGGCGAUGAGCCAGCGGUACAACGUCCUGUAUUCCUGUGAUUUUGAUCUUCUCAUGUUUCCAUUUGACGCCCAGGACUGUCAUAUGACCUUCGAGCUGACGUCGGCAGCUGCCACCUACUUAAUGCUCAGGCCGGAUAACAUCACAUACAUCGGCAGGAAGGAUCUCGUAGAGUACACUAUAAGCGAGUUCAUAGACGUUAACAGCAGCAUCGAGAGCGGGUACUCUCAGGUGACGCUCGGUGUUCGCUUCGAGCGACGCUUCGGCUUCUACAUACUCACUCUGUACAUCCCCACGGUGCUGCUGGCAGCUAUUGCGUAUUUCUCGCUGCUCUUCAGCCCAGACGAGUUUGAAUCGAGGAUGAACGUCGCGAUUACAGCAAUGCUUGUGCUAGCAGCUCUCUUCACUCAGACAUCAAACUCCCUGCCGAAGACUUCGUAUUUGAAGCUGAUCGACAUCUGGCUUUUCUUCUCCAUCGUCAUCAUCUUCUUGGUCGUAUUCUUCCAGACGCUCGUUGAGUACUUCUCCUACCCGUCCCUCCUCAUCCCUUCUGGCGGUGACAACAAGAUUCAUGUCCUUGAGGCCAUGAAAACUGCUCCACGAAUUCCAAAAUCUACCGUGUGGUCCAGGCUUCGCACACCUUCAUGCUUCGGGAAGUUCAAAGAAUUACCGAGGCACAUUAAAAUUUAUCUGGCUGGCCGCGUCAUCAUUGCUCUGUGUUAUUUGAUCUUCAACAUCGUCUACUGGGGUAUUGCUUUCAAGCACGUAUCGGAGCUGAGGCGUCGAGACGAUCGAUUCCUCAGGCAGGAAACAGACAAGUAAACAGGUGAAAUUUUUCAAGAUCGAAUUCCAAUGCAUACUGAUUGAUUUUUGAUUAUUUUAAUUUAUUGGAAGUAUUUGUAUAUGAAUAUAAGACUUUUUCUCUUUCAGCCCUUGUGAAGUGCAAAAUUUUGAGCAAAACAUUGUGGUUGGUACGUUACAAUGUCAAAUUCCCUCAACAUCAAAGGAUGAACUAUAUCGUUGGCAUUUCAUAUCGUUAGAUCAUUUUCAUCCGGUGGAUGGAUCAUACCACUAGUCUUUGUAAUAAUUGAACCUGCAUAUUGACAUGGGCACACACGUGUCAUAAUCGACUAAUGAAGUCAUUAUGAAGGCACAAAAUAUGGCAAUUGCCAAAUUUUCACUAUGUGUUCUGGCACAGCUUCUUAGAGUACAAUUGUACUUAUUUACUUCGUCUCUUAUCAAUUUUACGUGUCUGUAGUCCUGGAGAAUGGAUUUAUUUUUCGCCAUCCGCUAUGUACAAUUACAGCCAAAUGUCAUUGGGGAUUUGAAAGACUUCCCCAGCAGAAAAGAAGCCUAUGUAGAUGAGCAAGAUAAGUUUCAUAUAAAAGUAAAAAAUUUUUGUUAAUUCUAGUCGUGCACUGGAGAAUUUUUUGUCAACCUGAAUACAUCAAAGCUUUUGUUUCUCUAGUGUGUAUUCAUGCUCUCCAACUACCGUGCGGUAAAAAUAUGAAUCAGUGAAGCUUCAUUGACAAAAAUAUUUCAGGUUUGGUUAACUUGAGAGUGUACCAAGUUGAACCGAAUACCUUCUUUAGCUUUGUUUACUUCUUCUGUUGUUGAGCCAGGCUUCGAAGUCAUGCUGAAUCUAUGAUAAAUCCGAAAAACAUUGGAAAACAAGUGUGAGGCAUCUUUUCCUUGCUCAUAAUGGGAGUUAUACUGGAUAUUUUUCUCAAAUUCACGAAAAUCAUACAAACAAUGCGGAGUUCAUAAAUGAACAAAUAGACAUUACUUCUUCGCCAAUCAUAACGAUUGCAAUUAAACUUCAAAACGUCACAGAUGAAUAUCAGUUGGAGCUGCUUGUCAGCGUCAAUGGCAGUUACUUUUUUAUUGGCCGAGCCAAACUUUGUUAAUCUAGAAUUAAUGUCUAGGUAUGUUGUUCGAUUCUUGAUAUGUUACUCGCGUGAAAUAUAUUUCUCCCAAGUGGAGAACUUCUCUCAUAGCAGCGAGCAAGCUCCAUUUCCGUUUGAUGAAGAGAUUUAAAAGUUUAACAAAGAGGAAUUCAAGUAUCAUCAGUAUUGAAUACAGGUAAAAUAAAAAAAAAACGUUCUUAUCAUAUGCCGUUCAAUUGAUGUCAAAAUCCAUGAUUGAUGUCAGCUAUCGCAACUUUGAAUAACUAGCUCGCUAUCAAUCGACCAGAAAAGAUGUCUCAAUUGUUGUUUUAAUAUUAACUCUCGACUGUUAAUUCACCGCACGCAAAAAAUGAGUUAUUUAGAAUACCUUCCAGAUUUUUUCUCCUGGAUCACGAACAUUCUUCACUUUUUGGUGAAUGUAGCACUGGAUUCACCAACCAACUUCAUGGAUAAUGUAGCAAUAAAGGCUUUUCUAUAUGCAUCGCGUAGAACUCUGGAACACGUGCUGACGGCGAUGUUAUUUUAGCUUGGCAACGAUGCAGCAUUUGGGCGAUGGCUAUGGCAAAGAAAUUCAAUGAUAUGGAGUAAAUGCAAAUCCCUCAACUGAAUUUGCUGCUUUUAAUCUCAAUGUAAUAUAAGAAUACUGUUGAUAUAUCUUCUUGCUCUUAUAAAUCUAGACAUUUAAUAUAACAUAUUAAUUACGUGUUUGCGGAAUGGUUAUCGUAUCGAAUGCUUACUAUACUUUCACUUUAUAAAUAUAUUAUUAAGUAAACAACGAUAUAUUGCAAACUUAUUUCCUAUUUAACAUUUUACAUUACAUUCAUAUUAUAAGCUAGAAUGUUCAGGUUUGCUUCAAGCAAAAAUCAGUUACCCUCAACCUUACGUAAAGUUUAAACAGUUUAAGGACGCUGUAGUAGUUUCUUCAGCAUUUAACGUAAGUAUUUCUAUGUUUCAAGUGCACCAAUGUAA